AUGUCAGUACUUGCUAAUGAGCGAGUAAUAGUAAAGGAGAAUGACAUUGUCGAACGCCAGAUGAGUUUCGAUAAUGUAAGCAUGGAAUCUUCAAAGAUUCAAGACUUUGAUGCAAAACCAACGACUCAAAGGGAACUAAUAGCUUGGUAUAUGUACUCAUGGGCGACUGAUGGCUGGACCGCAGCUUCUUCUUCCGUAUUCAUGCCAAUCAUAAUGUCUACAAUGGGAACCUUAGGUGGAACAAAUGGACGAGAUCCCACAAAGCACUGCAACUUGGUAGAUCCAUGUUAUGUACAACUUGGCUCAGCUCAUGUAUCGCCAUCUAGUUACGCAUUGUAUAUUACUGCUAUUGCAGUCCUCGUUCAGGCAUUUAUAUACAUUCAACUUGCAGCUGUUGCCGAUCAUUCCAAACAUGGAAAAGCAUUCAUGAUCUUUUUUGGAUUUGCUGGAUCCAUCACGGUCCUUUUAUGGUCGGUUUUAUCGAAGAAUCCAACUCAAUACUGGGGAGCUGGAAUCCUUUUCGUAUUGGGAACCAUUUUCUAUGGCAGUUCUUAUGUAUUUUAUGCUAGUUAUCUUCCAAAACUUGCAAGAAAUGCCCCAGAGGUGACUGAAGCUACUGACCCAGUUGACAAGGCACGCAAAUUGACAUUAAGAACGUCAAGAACAUCGCUCAUGGGCUUAUGCUGUGGCGGUGCCGGAGGAUUCAUUCAGAUGGGCAUUGGCAUAGGUGUCUUGUAUGCUUUGAACCAAUCCUUGCUCGGCUUGCUGGUGGCAACUUCUGUUGGUGGUGCAUGGUGGGCUAUAUUCACUUUCAUUCCAUUGUUCUUUCUUAAGAGUCGGCAGGGACCGCCGUUGCCUAAAGGUGAAACUUAUCUCGUAUAUCCCUGGAAACGCCUGCUCAAAACCAUGAAGCGUGUAUCACACUUAGCGCAACUGUUCAAGUUUUUGCUCUGUUGGUUUUUCUUAAGUGACGGCAUAUAUACCAUUUUGAAAGUAUCAGUACUCUUUGCACAGACGGUAGUGCAUACUCCUUCCGUCACUCUAUUGAUUGGUGCCAUGGUCGAACUGUUCGUGUCUGUUCCCAGUUAUAUGUUCUGGGGAUGGGUUGAAAAACGAUUCCAUAUCAAGCCCAAAACUCUCCUUAUUCUUUUGUCCUUCUUGUCCUCUAUGAUUCCAGUUUAUGUUCUGAUCGGCUUCUCGCCGAAUGUGUCGGGAGGAUUUAAACACCCUAAUGAAUAUAUUGGCCUGUGCGCCUAUUUCGGAUUUGCAGCCCCCUCAGCAAUAUCAUACGCGCGAAGUACUUUCUCCGAGCUUAUUCCUUUGGGUCGCGAAAAUGAAAUGUUUUCCAUGUUCUUGAUCACUCAAGGAGGUGGUGGUUGGAUUGGACCCCUCAUCACCGGAGUCAUCGGCGAUAAAACUGGAAACAUGAGAUACUGCAAUGUAUUUAUUCUAGCUUGCAUUCUCGUGCCCAUGUUUGGGCUGUUUUUCGUUGAUGUCGAGAAAGGCAAGGCUGAAGCAUUGAGCUCAGCCGAGCGCGAUGCCCAGGAACUUGCCAGUUUUGAAUCUGUUAAAGAUGAUGUAUCAUCAUAA